AACAUAGACUCAAGCAGAGUGAGACCGUCGGUGUAACAGAAAGGCAGCGCUGUAAUUCAACGAUGAGCUGGACGCUGAAGACUUUGAUGCUGCCCCUGAUGCUGCUGUGCUUGUGGCAGCUGCAGCAAGAAGGCGCACACGCCUGCAGAUGUCCCCAGUUGCAUCUCCAGCAGGCGUUUUGCCAAGCAGAUGUUGUCAUCAAGGCCAUGGUUGUUGGAGUGACAGUUGGCGGUGGCUUCAAACCCAUUAAGUAUGACAUCAAACUGAGCAAGCUGUUCAAGGGCCCAAGAAAGAAUUUUGAUUCCAUCUACACUGCGUCCAGCUCUGCCUCAUGUGGAAUCACUUUGACCAAUGGUGUCAAUUAUCUACUUAUGGGUCGACUACAGUCUGACGGCUCGCUGCACAUCUCCUCGUGUGACUUUUUCAAGCGCUGGCAGGACUUGAGCAUCAUCCAAAAGGGAGGUGUGUUGCAGUGCUACCAAAAGGGCUGCGAUUGCAAGCCGCAGAUCGCACGCUGAAUCUCCUUCCCGUGCGGCGUCAGUGGCCCGACCGAGUGCUGGUGGCCCGACUUCCUGAUGGCUUUGCUGUACCGACAGUUCUUGUUCCCGGGAAAGGGGGUUUACCUCUCUCAAACAGGGUUUCAUGGAAUCCAAAAGCUGUUGACUCCAAAUGAAAAAUAAAUGAAUAAAAUCAA